UGACGUGCAUAUGUAUGACGGCGGCGGUGACAGAUUUUUUUUGCAUACGAAAAAUUUUUCUGAGCAGAAGUACGAAGCUAUAAAGUGCGUGGAAAUUAAGGCGUCUCAAGUCGAAAUUGAAAGCCAUACGUAUUGAACAACCGAUUGGACAUUAGCGGCUUGAGUGCAUUGCAAACAACACGUUGAUCGUCGUUUUUUUGCACGCAACAACCUUCUGUAUUUCCAUUUUUUGCGCAUACAUUUACCGAUAUUUUGGUGGUUACACCGACACGGACACACACAAACACACACACUGAUACACAUAGACAUACCCAAGCAGCAGCGACGACAAGAACGAGCAACGGCAACGACGUCGAUGUGAAGCAGCAGCGCAGUGAAGAAGGAAAAAAAAACAAGCGAAAUCGAAAGCAAAAUUUGUCGAGUCGCGAGUCAAGGCGUCAAAAAAAAAAAAAUUCUUCAAUAAGUGUGCUAAGCUGAACGAAUCAAAAUCCCUACAAAACUAAAUACGAAAAACUGCACAUUUGCCGAGAAGAAGAGAAGUAAAGAGAAAAACACACGGAAGCGUUCACAACAACAAAAGGAGAACGGCAGUACUAGCACAACAACAACAAUAAGAACAACAGAGAAAGAAAGAAAAUAGCAAAAAUGAAUAAAACACCACAAUUCGAUGUUCUGACCAUUGAGCCAGAGCAUGAGUUGCGAUUUGUGGGUCCGUUCAAUCGGCCCGUGGUGACAGUGAUGACACUGCGCAACAAUGCACCCUCGACGCUGGUCUUUAAGAUCAAGACCACCGCUCCCAAGCGUUAUUGUGUACGUCCAAACAUUGGCAAGAUUGCGCCUUUCCGCUCCACGCAGGUGGAAAUUUGUCUUCAGCCCUUUAUGUAUGAUCAGCAGGAGAAGAACAAGCACAAGUUUAUGGUGCAGUGUGUGCUUGCACCACAAGAUGCCGAUUUGUCUGAUUUGAACAAGUUGUGGAAGGAAUUGGAGCCGACUCAGCUGAUGGAUGCCAAAUUGAAGUGUGUAUUUGAAAUGCCGCCCUCGGAGUCGAAUGUUGAGAACAACAGCGGUGGCAACAAUACCAAUACAGGCGGCAGUGUUGCCGGCAAUGCAACAGCCAGUCAAAGUGCAGCUGAAUCACUGAAGACCGAUGCGUCCAAGUUGUCCGAUGAGGAACUGCCUCCUUCGAGUCUGUCCGAAGCUACCAUGCAAAUUGAAACACUUGCCGUCGAGAUAAAGGAGAUACGUGAACUCAACAUUGAACUGCGAAAAGAAAAUCUACACUUGAAGGAUCAAAUCACACGCUAUCGGAGCUCGCCGGCCACUAAGCAAAUCAACGAGUCCUAUACUCCAGUUUUAGCUGAAAAACAGAUUCCGGUAUUCUAUAUAGCAAUCGCAAUUGCUGCGGCUAUAUUGGGACUGUUGCUGGGCAAGUUUUUGCUCUGAAUGCCAUAAUACCAACAACAACAACAACAACAAAACGAUAACAACAACAAACACAUACACACACACACACACUAACAGAGAGAGAUGCAAAUGCAACAACAACUGCAGCAGCAACAUCAACAGCAGCAACAACAACGAACACAACAGCAACUAUAACUUAAAAAAGAAAAUAAAAGAAAAAUCAGCAGAACGAAGAGCAAAAGCAACCUCGAAUGUUGAAGCAAAAGCUAAAUACACAUAAAACUCACACACACACACACACACAAUAUUGGUUCUAUAAAUUGCUCGUUUUUUUUUUAAUUAAAAUUCUAUUUUGUUACGAUAGUAUGUUUCCCUUUAUUCGAUCUAUAUACAUAUAUAAUACUAUCAAUUAUAAUCAUUGAUGAAUUAAUGAGCAAAUUUUUGUCGAUUUGUCUAAAUUAUGUAAACACACAUACAUACAAACCACACACACACACACACAUAAAAAGGAAACAUGUUUAGAUAAUGUAAUUGUUAAAGAGAAAAACAAAAAAUAUGAAAAUUCAAAAAUAACAAAAAAAAGCAAAAAAAAAAACAAAAAAAUUACCGUAAGCAUAAUUUGCAAUUGCAUUAGAACGUUAAAUCGCAAUUUGCAAUUGCAAAAAUAAACAAAAAGAAGAAGAUGAAGAAAACAAAAGAAAAACACAAAGUCAAGUCAAGAGGACAAAAAAGCAAAAACAAAACGGAACAUGCUUGGAUUUGGGAAUGAAAAAGCAAACAGCAAAAACAAAAACGAACGUCGUUCUCCUGCCCUCCUUCUGUCUCCCGUUCUCGCUCGCUCUCUAUCGUAAUUCUUCCGCCAGAAUGAUUGGACAACUCUCUGUCUCGCUCUCACUCUAACCCACUGGAAUAUUCCCUCUGUCUCUCUCUCGCUCAUCCUCACAUCAAAUAGAACGGCGCGCAUGCGUCGUUGAUGUUUCUUUUUUUUCUGUUUCAUAUUUUGGUGAUUGAGAUGCAUUCUUCUGCAUACUUUCUUUUUGUUGUUGUUUAAGUGUAUCUAUAUCAAUUUUUUUUUUAUUUAUUUCGAGCGUGUUUCCAUUUAUAUCUAUAUUAUUUUUAUUUUUGCGCAAUUAAAACUUGUAUUUUGAUUCAAUUCUGUUUUAGCUUGCACACUUGCAUUUACAUUUCUAAUUUCUUUUAUUUGCAAAGACACAACACACACACACACACACACAGAUCCAUAACAAAAUAAUAUAUGUAAUGAAUUUAUAUAAUUGUGUUGUCGCAAGAGUCCUAAAUAUAACGGUAUAUAACGGUAUGCGGAUAUCUCAGUUGGAAUCAUUCGAGGAGGUGUGGACAGUAUUUCUAGAUGAGGAAUAACAACUAGAACUACAUACUUACAUACAUAUAUAUAUAUAUACUAUAUAAGAACAAUUUCAAUCAAUUUUUAUAAACAUUGAGAACUGUUGACAAGUCAUAUAAACACAUACACACACACACACUCACAUAUAAAUUGUUAAUGCAGCUUAUUAGUUUUGCAUAUUUCUACUAAAUUGUAUAUUACUUUAUUUUCCCAAAACCAAAAAAUGAAGUCUUUUUUUUUUAAUAUAUAUAUAUGCAUAAAAAUGAAAAAGGAAAUGAUAAAAAAAAGAAAAUCGAAAACAUCUAUAUUUGUAUCGUCUAAAACAUGUACUAUAAAAAAAAAGGAGCAGACGCUUUCUGUUAAAGUGAUUCGAUUCAUCAAAAAAAAAUGAGAAAAAAAAUGGACAAAAAUCCAGCUUCGACUAUUUUUGUUUCAAAUUUUGCAAAGCAUUGAAAAAGGGUAUAUCGAUUUAUAUAUAAAUAAAUAUAUAUUAAUAUAUACAUUUAUGAAUGCUGUAUUUUCAUAGACAUGAUUUCGUAUUAAAUGUUUAAUCUAGAAAUACAGUCAAAACAAAAAACAAAUGGCAAAUAAACGCAUAUAAGCAAAUCAUAAGCAAAAUGUACUUGAUGUCAGCUGUAGCAAAGAAAAACAAAACAAAGAAUACAAAAAAAAACAAGAAAGAAAACAUUUAAAAUAAAAUAAUAAAAAAUGAAAGGAAAUGAGAACAACAACAACAGGCAACAAAUGCAAAUUAACAAAUGUUUAGCUGCAUUAUAA